AUCAGAAACGGAUGCGGUGCAUUCUCUCGAAUGUUCCAGAGGAAAACCCCAAAUUUUUCUCAACAUUGCAAAAAUACUGUUUUCAAAGCGCUCUGCUUGUUCUUGUCAUAACGUUUCGAUUGCCGAUUGAUCUUUAUAAAUAUUUAAUUCUUCGUUACGCAUUAAAAGUUUUGUGACGCGCUCCUUUUUUGAAGCCUGUCAACUUCAGUACUAAAAGUCUUGUAUUUUCGCGAUCGAAUCUAGAUUUUUGAAUUUCUCCGCGUGCUUUAUGUUGAUUUUAAAAUCAAAUUAUAUCCGUACACUUUGCAAAAUUGCUGUUUAGUUUAUUUUAAGCUUAUCAUGGAAGGUGUUUUGGUGGCUGGUGACUCCAAUGUCUACAGACUCCGAGAUUCGAGCAACACUCGGUCUGGCAGUGGCAACGUGAAUAUUUCAUUCCUGGCCGUCUCAGGUGCUCGUUACGUAAAAGACAGGAAGAACUUCCGCUGCCGAGUUCGGGAAGAGGUGGAACAUCAGCAUUUCAGGAGUAUAUACCUUCACCUUGGUUCCAAUGAUGUAUUUUGUACAAUCGAGGAUUUCUACAGGAAUGCUUCAGAGGUUGUAGAUGUUCUCAGAGAGACAGCUCCUGGAGCAGAGAUUGUUCUGUGCUCAAUCUUGCCGAGGGCGCCAGACUUUAGCGGACGCGGUUUCUUGUCCUUGAAGAUGUUGAGAGCAUGCCAACAUUGGGUGAUGCGCGCCAACCAAGCACUGCAAGAUGUUGCAUUACAUAUACCCUAUGUGAGGUUUUUUCAGUAUGACUGCUCAACAGAGGUUCUGGCCAAGGAUGGACUGCAUCUUAACAGAUAUGGAGCAAGACGGUGCCUGCAAGAUCUUCAUGCUGACUCCCAUUGGUUGUAUGAUGAAGUAGAUGAAGAAGAGUGGCCAGAACUACAAGAGAUAGAGCCGUCAGCAGCUGAGGAGGAGGAUGCAACCGUACCACCAGUAAAAACUAUGGAACAGCGGUCGUAUGCCACUGUAGUGCAGCAGAUGAUGGCACAGAUUCAUGAAGAAGAUCUGAAGAACGUGCCUAUUCGCAUUAAACUUCCGGAAAAGAAGGAAAAGGUUCAAAACAGACGGGAAACCCCAGAGAGAAAAGGCCGAAAGAAGAUGAAGGUGCAGGAAAGGAAGCGUGGGAAGACAAGUAUUAUUGACACCAGUGACCAUGUUCAUCUGCUUCUGUGGGAUGUUGCAGUUUGCCUUCCAGCUAGGAACAUACAUGGCUUACCAUUGAAACUGAAAGCUGUGACAGCAGGAAAGAAAGUCGGGAGAAAAAACCCACCAUUGCCUAAGCCAAAAAGAUGUGCGAACAAGCAUCAACAUUGGUUGAACUGUCCUGACUGCAAGGUUAGAUGUUCUAGGGACGAUUUUCUCCUAGAUCAUAUACACAAACGUCAUGUUCAUGGAAGGACCAUUUCAAAGUAUAUUCAGAUGGAUGUUAAAUCAAAGGAUUCUCCAAGGAAACAGGCACCAGAGGCAAUCUUUGAGGAUAAGGAAGACCGUCAAGUAAAUCUCAAUCCCCCCAAGAAAGACUUUCAACAGAACGUGGAUACUACAAGAAGGAGGUUAUUGUUGGCCAAUGAUGUUGAGCAGAACCCUGGACCGACUACUAGAGUAGCAGAAACCUUCAUCAGCAUUGAGGAUUGGUUGUCAACACUACCAGAGGGUCAGCUCCAUGACACAACAGAUUUACUCUCAUGCCCCAUUAAUUUGAGAGUGGAGUUGAAUAUCCCUUUCUUCAAUGGUGAGUCCUGUGACCUUCCAGCCUCUGGACCAUAUACUGUAGCUGACCAUUUACAAAACAUGGAAAAAGUAAGGUUUGUGAAAGAGAUGGUUGUUCCGUAUCUCCCAGAUGCAGGCAAGGCAAUGGGAAAUGACGGGCCAAACAUUUUUGUUCAACAAGGAUUACAGUAUGUAGGUAAUUCGCUAGUUGAAAUGUACAAAGGUAAGAAUUUGCGUAAGUAUUAUGUGUUAGCUGGUGAAGACAGCUUGCCAGUUAUGGUAAGGUUAACUUUUAAUAAAAGUAAGGGAACCUACAUAGUGACUUGUGACAGUGGCCAGUGCAAGGCAGGAAAGGGUCAUAAGAAAUAUGUCGGCAACUUGCUCACAUCAAAGGUUUGUAAACAUCUGUCUGUUCUAAAAUCACAAUCAGAGCACUGGCUUGAUCUUCUUGAGGAUGGAGUUGAUGCUGGUGAUGGAGAUAGUUCAGACUGUGACAUGGUUACAAUAACUCCAGUGGCAAAUUUUACUGAUGAUGGUGAUGAAGUUGAAAGGUUAGAAACGUUUGAAGUUGAAAGUAGUACUGGGCCAAGUGAUAGUGGUGGUGGUGGUAGUAGUAGUAGUUUACACUAUUUUGAAGAAGAAACCGGGCUUUGGAAUUUUCCUGCAAAGAGCAAUCAUCUUCCCUGUGAGCAAGGAAGCAGUAAGUUGAUGCUUAAUACCUGCAAUCGUGACACCUGGUCAACUGAUUGUGAGAGAGAUGCAAACGGAUGUGUGUAUGGGGUAGAGCUAUCUCCAUCUGUUCCUGAAGGUAAUUGUGAUUGCGGUGCUGGGUGGCUAGAUGAGAACAAUCAGGGUAAGACUUUGAAGGAGCGUCCAAUACCUUUGACUGUUUAUACAGGUACAGCUCCGGUCAAAUGUAUGGUUUAUAGUAGGUUAUGUUGUAGUUUGGUAAAUCCAUGUAAGUUAACAUGGCAAGAGGGUAAGGAUGAAUGCCUUCAUGUGCUUUCUUCAGAAACAGCAGCUGGUGAUGAAAUUGGAUGGGAGUAUGUUUCAAUGGUUAUGAGUAAUACCGGAUGCACAUUUUCGGGAUUUUGCCAGGUAAAGGAUGCCUUCUACAAAUUGCGUCACCCAAAUGCAAAGUUUAUGGACGCUAGUGUUUUUAUUAGGUGGUGGUUUAGUUGGGCAAGCAGUAUGAAGAUUGACUUUCGUCAGCCUUGUGAGGUAUGUGGUUUUGAGCCAAAAAGACUGUGUUGUGAUGGCACUAGGGUUGGUGUUGGAUUCAGACAUGCCACAUUUGAAGAAAUUAGUAUUCCAGAUUCUUCAAUUCCAGUUCAACGCACAUUACAUAGACGCAUGGACAGAUGUUUCCUACAAAAUGUAAGAGAUAUUAAUAAAGCUGAUUUGAUUUCUAUUCGAACAAAUUUAGAUUACCUUUCUAGGAAACAAUUAGGAGAAAUAAUUGGCAAUGAUGAUGAUUCUGAAAAAGUUGCUGCAGUGUUGCUAGUCCUGCCAGAUGCGGUAAAACCAUCCUUUGAACGUUUCAAUUCAAAUAUGUCUGAUUUAGAAAAGACAGCUUAUGCCUUUGUUCUUAAGAUGUUGGCAACAACAGCUUCAGUCACAAGUCUUUUGCCAGCAAGAUAUUGUCAGGACUUUGAUCAGGUAAUUAAUGAUUGUAAUUAUAGUGAAUCUGCACUAAACAUUAGGUUUAAUUCUGGCAUGACUGAAAUGAGAAAGUAUGCACCUGAACUCCAUGAUUUGAUUGGUGAGUCUAUGUUAAGCAAUGGUAAUCUUAUUCCAGAUGAUAUUAAACUUUUCCUUCAAUAUCUUAGCAAUAGGUCAGUAGAUGUUAGUUGCAAUGAUUCAGAAGAAGCCAUUCCACAACCAGGUACAUAUAAUCCAGAGAAAUAUGGCCGUGCAUACUACUUCAAUCAGUCUGGUUUGAAGGUAAGGGACAUAAGGAAAUUUACAAUUGAUGAAGAAAAUGUCAACAAAAAGAAUGCUGACCAUGAUGAUGCUGCUCAUGACUUUGAGCGAUGCAACAAGUUUUUCACCAAGGUAAAUGUCUCAGCUCCAGGAACAAGUACUUUGUUUUUAUGGUUUUGUGCAGACCAUGGUCACUGCUAUGGCUUCCAUAUGACAAGGGCAGAAGGAAGAAAAGACCCAGCAGCUUCACUGUAUUCACACCUGGUAAAACCUCCUUCUGAUGUAUUUUAUGACUUUGCAUGUAAUCUUCAGGAGUAUUGUUUAAAUCGGGAGAGUGGUUACUUCAGAAAUGUAAGAUUUUUUCAUGACAUUUUUCAUGGCUAUGCCCACAAGUGUUCUGUUGCUUUCCGUUCAUCAAGGCUUCAGGGCUUUGAAAGCAUUAAUUCUGAAAUUUGUGAGCAAUUCAAUAGCUUUAUUCAGUGUAUAAAAAAGUCAGCCCGCCAGAUGAAUCAAUCUCAUUUUUGCUUCUAUUUACAGUAUUUUUUACAUGAGUGGAAUAAGAGGAAGCGACAGGUUUACCUGAAAAAGUUGCAAGUUGCCUUAGCGGGUCUUAAGUAAUGUGAAUAUUUGAUAUAUAUUUUUGAACAUCUGCUUUGUGUUUUCCUCAAUCCUCUUCAGAGAGCAGCACAUUAUUACCAUGACAGCAGGGAGGAUCAACCAAACCAGUGUCGACUUACUGCUUUAGUUCAUCUUUCUCUCUGGACAUCAUCUUAUAAAGAAUAUUAGUGAUAAUAAUUAUCAAAGAACAAGAAACAAAUGUUAAAAAGUGUUUAAAAAAAUAUUAGCAUUGACUUUACAUCUUGUCUCUAAAUUCAAAGUGUUGUCACUACAACUUAAUAGACAGAUCAUUGAAAGCUGAGAUUGCUCUAUAUUUCAUUUCCGAAUACAUCUAUUUGUCUAUCAAAGAACCUUUUCGACAUAAUACCAAUUGUAUCUUAGAUUAUCAUUGUUAACAUUAUUAGCUCAUCUACUGCAUAUUACAUAUUGAAUGUACAUGUACUAGCAAAUGUUAAGAUUAUAGAUUGUAUCUUUGGCCAACAAACUUUGUAUGAAAUAGAGUGUAAUAAUAUUGUUAUUGUUUGACUAAAAUUUUGAAAGACCAUUUUUUCUUUAACAGUACAUAGACAAUGUGCUGAUUGUUCAGAACUUCGUUAAAUUUAAAUCAUUUCAGCUCUGCACGUUUAUAGGAUACACUUUUUAUUAAUUUUGAUCUUAAUAACUAAAAAGUUAUUGUUUUCAUACAGUUCCAACACAAGUCCUUUUACAGUGUUCUAAAGCUGCAAACUCACAGAUUGACCGUUUUUAUGUUAUUUUUUGUCUUUGAAUUCGCAAAUUUUUGAGUAAGUCUCUUGAAACCAGUGGUAUAAGAUUUUGCAGUUUUUCAAAUUUACAUUUGAAAAUGUAUGUUUUAUUGCUAAAAGCGUUUUAUAAUGCGUUUUUCAAUCAAUUCUGAUAUGUUAUAUUGUGAGUUAGCUGAUUCAUAGACAUAGAAAAACAGUCAAAAAUGUCAUUCUGUGAGAGAGCAGCUUUAAAGGUGAGGUACAAAAAAUGUUCUAAAUGUCAAUGAUCUAUUUGUUUUGAUUAAGUAGAAGAGUGUUUUACUUGCUUUAACAUGUAGACAUAGUCAUAACAUAAUUAUAAUCAGUAGUGUUUUAUUCAGAUACAAUGUUAAAAAAGAUAUAUGUCCUGUCAAACCACAUGUGAGUGUAAAGGGACUUGUGUGUGGCACUGUAUUAAUUACUUUAUAAAGGAGGAAAGGGUUGGCUGUAAGGGGAUGGAGGAGGCCAAAAAUGAAAACAAGUUCAUUAUCAAAAUAUAACAAAAUAUCAUUGUACUUGUAUGAUUUGCAAUUUUUUGGAAAAUGUCAAUUACUAUGAAAGUUGUUUGUGAAUUAUAAAUGUUGGAUAUAUUGACAGUAUUCUCGAUGUCACUAUAUUUCUUUUUGUGAGUAUAUUUUUACUAUUUGAAAAAUAAAUACCAACUUUGAA